GAGAGAGCAGUUUCAGCCCUUCUGAAUCUUUCAUAAGGGAAAUCCUCCAACAUCCCAGCUGCCUGCGAACAGGAGGGUGAGUGUGUGUGUGUGUGUGUGUGUGCUGAGGUGUGCACACACACACAGGGAAAGGAAGCCGAGUGAGAGAGCACUUUGCACACAGUGAGUGUGGAGAAGAGGAAUUAUUCCGUCCUGGAAGGAGCUUCUGAUGUGACCUUGCUUCGGGGUGAAAAGAGAGGAACCGGUGAUGAACAGAAGACCUGCAGGAAAAACACGGAGCGUCAGCGAAAAGGAAAGAGGAUGAGGAGGGAAGGGGCAACACAAACAACAACAACAACAACAACAACAACAACAACAGGGUGUGUGUGUGUGAGCUGGCCUUUUCCUGGGUGAGGUAGCCUUUCUGGAUAAAGCAAGAGGAGGAAGAGGAGGAGGAGGAACCAGCUGAUGUGACUGAAUUUGGACCCUGAAAAAGAGGACAAGAACGACUGGACUGGAGAGAGAGAGAGAGAUGUCUUCCAACGAGCUGAACGUGGAGAUGGACUCGUGCAUCCGGACGUUCAAGGAGCACAUGCACCUGGAGCUGGAGCCGCCCAGGAUCCCAGGUGGGGGGGCGGCGGCCCCCAAGCUGUCGCCCAGGAGCUCGCCGCGUCUCUUCCGCAAGAUCGUGGUCAACAAGAGCAUCCGGCAGCGGCGGCGCUUCACCGUGGCUCACACCUGCUUCGAUGUGGAGAAUGGCCCGUCCUCCGGCUGCAGCCCCCUGGAGCCCCAGGCCUCCCCCGGCUCGGGUCUGGUCCUCCACACCAACUUCCCGGGCCACAGCCAUCGGAGGGAGUCGUUCCUGUACCGCUCCGACAGCGACUACGACCUGUCGCCCAAGUCCAUGUCCAGGAACUCCUCCAUCGCCUCGGAACUACACGGUGAUGACCUGAUUGUAACGCCUUUUGCUCAGGUUCUGGCAAGCCUUCGCAGUGUGAGGAAUAACUUCACCGCACUCACCAAUGUCCAGUGCGCCUCCAGCAAGAGGUCUCCUGCCGCCGCUCAGCCGCCCAUCACCAGAGUCCGUCUCCCAGCAGAUGGACUGAGUCUUCACUUCCUCCUUCAGCAUCGCAGCUCAUCAGACGAGGCGUUCCAGAAGCUCGCCACGGAGACGAUGGAGGAGCUGGACUGGUGUCUGGACCAGCUGGAGACCAUCCAGACGUACCGCUCCGUCAGCGACAUGGCCUCCAACAAGUUCAAGAGAAUGUUGAAUCGGGAGUUGACGCACCUGUCGGAGAUGAGCCGCUCUGGGAAUCAGGUUUCUGAAUUCAUCUCCAACACCUUCCUGGACAAGCAGAACGAUGUGGAGAUCCCGUCCCCGACCUCCAAGGCGCGCGAGAAGAAGAAGCAGCAGCAGAAGUUGAUGACUCAGAUCAGCGGCGUGAGGAAGGUGGCCUACGGGCCCUCGCCCUCCGGCAGCAGCAUCUCGCGCUUCGGCGUGACGACGGACCGGGAGGAGCAGCUGUCGGCCGAGCUGCAGGACCUCAACAAGUGGGGCCUGAACAUCUUCACCGUGUCCGAGUACUCGCACAGCCGGCCGCUCACCUGCAUCAUGUACGCCAUCUUCCAGGAGCGAGAGCUGCUGAAGACGUUCCAGAUCCCCGUGGACACCUUGGUGGCCUACAUGAUGACGCUGGAGGACCACUACCACUCGGACGUGGCGUACCACAACAGCCUGCACGCCGCCGACGUGGCCCAGUCCACGCACAUCCUGCUCUCCACGCCGGCCCUGGAUGAGGUCUUCACAGAUCUCGAGAUCCUAGCGGCCAUCUUUGCUGCAGCCAUCCACGAUGUUGACCAUCCUGGAGUAUCAAACCAGUUCCUCAUCAAUACCAACUCUGAACUGGCGCUGAUGUACAACGACGAGUCGGUGCUGGAGAACCACCACCUGGCCGUGGGCUUCAAGCUGCUGCAGGAGGAGAACUGCGACAUCUUCCAGAACAUUCCCAAGAAGCAGCGGCAGUCGCUCCGCAAGAUGGUCAUCGACAUGGUUCUGGCCACGGACAUGUCCAAGCACAUGAGUCUGCUGGCUGACCUGAAGACGAUGGUGGAGACCAAGAAGGUGACGAGCUCCGGGGUUCUGCUGCUGGACAACUACACCGACCGGAUACAGGUGUUGCGUAACAUGGUGCACUGCGCCGACCUGAGUAACCCCACCAAGUCCCUGGAGCUGUACCGCCAGUGGACCGACCGGAUUAUGGACGAGUUCUUCCACCAGGGAGACAGAGAGAGGGAGAGGGGGAUGGAGAUCAGCCCCAUGUGUGACAAGCACACGGCGUCGGUGGAGAAGAGCCAGGUGGGCUUCAUCGACUACAUCGUGCACCCUCUGUGGGAGACCUGGGCCGACCUGGUCCACCCGGAAGCGCAGGACAUCCUGGACACGCUGGAGGACAACAGGAACUGGUACCAGAGCAUGAUCCCCCAGAGCCCCCCCCCCACCUUCUACGACGAACACAGCGGAGGAGGAAGAGGAAGAGGAGGAGGAGGAGGAGGCACUGGAGGGGGGCAAGGGGGCGGGGACAAGUUUCAGUUCGAGCUCACCUUGGAGGAGGAGGACUUGAACGGAAUAGAGAAAGACGGCGAGGAAGACGAGGAGGAGGAAGACUUAGACGAAGAGGAGGAGGAGAAUAGUCUCGGAGAUUCUCGGUCUCCUCCCCUGGACUAUUCGGACGGCCCCCUGGACGAGGGCCUCAUGAUGGAGCCGGCGAUAGAGAUCGUGACACACGAGGCGUCGCCCACGGACACCUAAAGGGGCGUGGCCAUCGUCGGGCUCACCUGGAGAUUUGAAGAAGUUUUUUGGGGCAAAAAGAGGAGAGGGAACCUCCUCUGAGCUGUUUGAAUACGCCCACACAGGAGCCAGGGCUCCGCGGGGCGUCUUGCACUCGGGGUGUUUGAAGCCGGACCAGACGGUUUCGGGGCGAGGCGGCUUCAGAGUUUUCUCAGGAAAAAUAAAAUGACCGCGAACGUUUAGUUUAGUCUUGACGGACAGGCGGAAAGAGACCGAAAGGGGGCGGGACUUGAACUUGAAUGAUUUUUGGCCAGUUUGGAACAUUAUUAUUUUUUCUUGGACUGGCAUUGAAACGGACGUUGACACGACUGAGAGAAGUUUUGUACCUUUUAAGGCUUUUUUUUCUUCUUUUUUAUUUUACACAAAUAUGAUAUGAUAUAGAAGUAGCGUAGAAUAUAAGAUCUACUGAUGGGGGACACGUUUGUAUAGCAAGAGAAAGUGUUUACUUAUUUUUUCCUGUACCAUUUUGUCAAAGGACUUUCGUGUGCCUUUUUUUACUAUUGUCUUUAUAAUAGUUUUUUUUAUUUUUAUUGAACACUCUAGUAUGUCUGUGAAAUGUUUUUUUCUUUUUCUUAUUAUCUGAAAGAUAAUUUUUGUUUUGUUGUAUGUUUAAAAAGAUAAACAGUCUUCCAUGUAUUGGGCAAUAGAGAAAUCCAAACAAACAUCUGAAUAGAGAAACAUAAACACACACAUCAUACGCACAUUUUUGCCACCGAGCACAACGUUUUGUGGAUUUCAAACGCUUUAUGUUCACUUAUGGUUCACGCUACAUGUUGCUUUAUGAUCCAGAUGUCGGUCAAUGAUUGUCACACUGAAAUACAUCGUAUAUUUUCAUGCUCCAUCUCUUUUUGCAUCCUCUUUUUCAUUGUUGUUACGGCCUGUUUUCACACCAAAACUUGACUUUCAAUGCAAAAUGCUCCACCGUGCAUCAGGAAUCCUGCACACACGGUCAGAUUGUUGCUCCCUCUAAAAUGUCAGCGUAAAAAUGGGACAUUCGAUUUGUGCAAUUUGUCCAAAAGGUUAUUCAAGUUCAAACCCUGAUGACCUUCAAUCGAGGAUCAGAUCGAAUCAGCAGAAAUAUGAGCUGCUGCUGCGGUGAUCUACGACGAGUCAGAAACCAAGUCUGACAAGGACGACGUGCGCGCCGGUGGUGGAUCUAUUUUUAGCCCACAGGUCUUAAUAAUCCUGUUAUUUGGAACGGGUCCUGACCCCCGGACCCUGAGGGGUGUAACGCCCCCCCCCCCUCUGCAAUCAGGCCCAGACCAGAUGAUUAAAGGUCCUCUCAGACCCUCAUCAGCGCCGCCAUUCACAUGGUUUACGAACCCCUUGUGGGCUCCAUGGACACCCCCCCCCUUCCCCCAACCCCCCCCAAAAAACAAUCAGGACGGCUAUUUCAUCCUCGGUGUAAAAAAAUACAAAAUAAAUCACUCAAGUGCUGCUUCAGCUCGGUGACGUCAAUUCAAUGCCCCCUCCCCCUCGCGACCGUAUUGGGUUUCGAGGACAGUCGGGUUAUUAGAAUCUGGUGCAACGGCAGACUGUAUACGCUUCAUAAAAAUAGAAUCAUAAUUAGGUGCUCUAGUUUUAAAAAUAAACCAAAAAUUAGAUUGAAAUCGUCACCUUUCCACAGCUAUUUUAUUUAUAAAUAAAUCUCGCCAUUUCCAUCUUCGGUUCACUGAGAUACUCGAUGGUACUUCAUCUAAUUUCACUCCAGCAUAAGUGGCAAUCGUUUGUAUGUAAGUACGGAAGGUUUUGUACGUGUGUGUGUGUGUGUGUGUUUGUGUGUGUGUGUGUGUGUGUUGACUUUGUCAUCGAGCCUUACCCCCCCCCCCCCAUCACUCCAAAGCCUUUGUCUCUACUGGUUGUCGCUAGGAGCUCAAGUCGGUCCUUUUUGCUGUUUAUAACAGUGUGUAUUUAUUCUAUACUUUAAGUUUGUAAAUAAGAAAUACUGGUUCAGUGUAAAAAUCUAUUUUAAUUUAAAUGCACUUGCAUUACCUGGAAGUGGUGAUGUCUAAUGUGUAGAAGGCUCUGGAUUGGAGUCUUUUUAUAUUAUUUAUAUAUAUAUAAUAUAUAUAUAUGUACAUAUGUACAUAUAUAUAUACAUAUAUGUAUAUAUUUCUAUAUAUAUAUGUAUAUAUACAUAUAUGUAUAUAUAUAAAUAUGUAUAUAUAUAUAUAUAUGAAUAUAUUUAAGGAUAUAAUCGCACAAUGUUUUUGAGUGCCCAGCAGAGCAGCAGCUAAAGAGACAUGUUGUUGUUGUUGUUGUUGUCACAUUAUAACCUUGUAACUCCAAAAAAUAACAUUUUUAUUAUCACCCAAAAAAAUGAAGAACAUUAUAUUAAUCAGCUUAUUAUGCAUGAAUAUUAAACCCCCCCAAAAAAUAUUUUUCACUUUGGCAUCAGAAUUAUAAUAAUUAUAAUAUCACACUUUCUUUCUUUUUUUGGGCAUUUCUUAAAUUUUUUAGUUUCUCUCAAUUAAAUCUCAGUUUAUAUUUCUUAUAGAUAAAAGCUAGAGUUUUACAGAAGACGUGGAGUGUCCUCGAAUUUUUGAAGCUACAAGAGUUCCAUGUGACAGCAGCAACGUGGCGUCCCCGUCGCGGCGUAAAGGACGUAAAGACGGGAUAGAUCUGACAUGUGAGACACGCUAGAAGAUUAUCAACGAUCAGCAUCAAAGGACACAGAGGCUCGUCACGAGCUACACACACAUAUAAGGGUUCUCAAAUGGUUCCUUAAAAGGCUUUGUGGUUCUACGAAGAACCAUCCCCUGCUGAAGAACCUUUCUUUCCUUUGAGGCACCUUUAUAGGUUCUUUGAAGAACUCUUUAAGGACAUGGUUCUUUAGAGAACCCUGGUUUAAAGGUUCUUUGUGGAACGAAAAAUGGUGCCUUAAAGAACCAUUUUGUUAAGGUUCUUUAAGACACCUUUAUAGGUUCUUUGAAGAACUCUUUAAGGAAAUGGUUCUUUAAAGAACCCUGGUUUGAAAGGUUCUUUGUGGAACCAGAAAUGGUUCUUCUGAGGCAUCGCUCUGAAGAACCAUUUGGGGUUCCCGGUGGCCCCUUCAUGGUUCCGUGUGUAAGCUUCAGGUUCAGGUUUGAAGGACACAUAUCACUCCUUUUACACGAUUAAUGCACUUCCUGUAGAAGUAGGCGACACGGGGUGUAGCGGCAGCAUGCUACGACACGCCCGGCACAGACGUGAAGUUAACGAAAACAUGAUCUGUAAACUGAUGUGUGAACUCUCUCCGACCGAAACUUGUUAGCACUUGUUUUUGAAAUUCAAAUUAGUCAGUAUUAACAUUGUUCAUCUAUGUCGGAGCUUUAUUUGGUCCUAGUUGUGUCCAAAUGGUUUGCCAGAUUUAGCACUAUCUGCAUGAGAGGUUGUUUUUUUAUCGUCAAUAAUAUGUUUAAAGUCUGCCAGUUGGCGGGUUAUUAAAUGUUUUAACACAAUGUACGGUAUUAUAUUGUAUAUUGUGUACGAAAAUGAAUCUGAAAUACUUUUUCUAUUAAGUGAUUAAAAGCAAAGCAUGAAUA